AUGGAACCUCAUACCUCUCUACAGGGUUGGCAAGCGCAUGUAUUCGGUAAUUUUGUGCACACCGCGAUCUGCAUGACCAUUAAGUUUGCUGUGGGUGGCCCAUUCUCCUUGUUAUCACUAGCAUUACGAGGACAAAACCCUGUUUGGAAAUAUCUGGAAUCCAAGGAUCACAUACCUGCAAAGAAUCGAAGAGGGCCGAAGCCAUUAACACACCGAGGAUCGUCGUCGAUUCUAAUGGACCCUAUUCCGGAUGACUCCGCCUCCGAUGGGAAAAGUCCCGCCCACCACAUUCAACGUGGUUCGUCAUUGCUCAGAAAUGUGCCUCCGCCAGCCCUCCAUCGCCGAUGUUGGACGACAGUCAAACAUCCUGAACUGUUACUGAGGGCCGAAAAACUCCUACGUGCUACCACCUCUGAGCUAUACAUCUCGUUAAUUGCUGGCUCACUGAGGAAUUAUUUUCGAGAACAGGGUAUCCUCCACCCGCCCGAUUUGUUGUUCGUAGCACCUUGCACCGCACAUGGAUUAGCUCCAGUUAUCGACCGUUGCAAGACGAACCUGCUAUCGUUCCGGUUGCCGACCAGUGUAGAAGGAGCGAUUCCUCGGUUAUGGGCAGUCCAACGGAGCGUUGCGACAGUGAUGGACGGCCCAAUGAUGGGAGCGGUGACGAUUUUUCAAUCCAUAGCGCGAGCCUGCUUACCGUCAUCUAUCGCAAAGUGCACACUUCGAGUCGUCUAUCGAUCACAUGCCGUCUAUUUUGCCUUUUAUAGGGUCAACAGCAACAACAGAAUCUCUUCUGAGGCCCUAAUUCGGACGAUGUUCGUCUUUCCGUCAUUAGCUGCGUCAGUAAGGGCGGCAUUCGUGUUUGUACAACAUGGCGACGGCAUCGAUGUGAGCGUAUCCUUGUGUAAUCGCACAUUUCCGGAACCACAUCGUGUGUUGGAUUGCUUCCAG